CCGCUUGUUCAUUUUCCUCUUCCUCACCCACAUCACUUUACCUCUUCAUCGUCUUCCACUAUGAAGUUUUCUGAUCCUAUGACCCAGGUCAUCAUCCUGGUGGGUACCUAUUCACGAGCAGAAAACCGCUGCGGCAUUUCCUUAAUAAUAUCGUCCCGCACCCAUAUCAUCCCUAAUGAAUUCUAACUCUCCGUUCCUAAUUAUUCGUUUCAGGGUUUCAUUUGCUUUUGUUGUCCAGGAAUGUUCAACUCUUUGAGCGGAACUGGUUCUUAUGGUCUCGACCCAAAGGAUUCUGAUGUCGGAAACACCGCCAACACCGCCCUCGGUGCUAUGUUCGCUGUCUCUUCUCUCUUUGCUGGUGCUUUGUUCAACAUCUUUGGCCAUCGCCUCCUUCUCAUCGCUGGUGGUUUGACCUACGUCUUGUACGUCGGAUCUUACUUGGCUUACGCUCACAUCUCAUCCAUCGCCUUUGUUGUCGUCUCUUCUUGCUUGCUUGGUAUUGGAGCUGGUUGGUUGUGGACUGCUCAAGGUGCUGUCAUGAUGGGAUACCCUGAGGAAGGCGAGAAGGGCAAAUACAUCUCGAUCUUCUGGGCCAUCUUCAACUGCGGUGCUGUUCUUGGCAACGCUAUUCCUCUCGGCAUCUCCUGGAACGGCAAAGCUAGUAGUGCUAGCGACUCUGCUUACAUUGCCUACAUGGUUGUCAUGACAUUCGGUGCUUUCCUCACCUUGUUGUUGUUGCCUCCCUCAAAGGUUGUCCGUAAGGAUGGAUCUCACGUCGUCACUAUUAAGUACUCAAGCCCUAUCUCCGAGCUCAUGUCUGUCUUCGCCCUGUUCAAGGACUGGCGUAUGUUGGCCCUUGCUCCAAUGUUCUUGACCUCCAACUGGUUCUACACCUAUCACUUCUUCUUGAAUUCGUCCAACUUCUCACUCCGCACUCGUUCCAUGAACUCGAUGUGCUAUUGGUUGGCUCAGAUUAUUGCCUCGAUCUUGUUCGGUCGUCUUUUGGAUCGCGCUUCAUGGACCCGCCGCACUCGUGCUAAAUUCGGUCUUCUUACCCUUACUAUCGUCUUGCUCGCAGUGUACAUUGGAGGAAUUAUUUUCCAGACCAAGUGGGGACCUAGGAGCGCUAUUCAGAAUGAGAAGGGAGUCUGGGUCAAGAACCCUGACGAUUAUCUUAAGAUCGAUUUGGUUGACAACUCCAGCGAGUACAUCGGACCUUUCUUCCUUUACUUCUUCUAUGGUGUCACUGAUGCCAUGUACCAAGGAUUCUCAUACUGGAUCAUGGGUGCUCUUACCAAUGAUACCAGUCAAGCUGCUCGCUAUGCUGGUUUCUACAAGUUUGUUCAGAACUUGGGAACCAUCUUCGCUCCUCUUGUUCAGACCUCAACCAUUGGUGUCGCGCCCUCAGAGGGCAGCCACGCUUUUAAUGCCACCGGCCGUGGCAUGGGUGAGCUUAUUGUUCUUGUCGUUCUCAUCUUUGUCGGAGUCAUGGGUGCUGGUGCCGUCGUCUUCAAAGGUGUCAAGGAUCAUACUACUGAGGUGAAUGAAGUCUCAAGCGAGAAGCAGGAGGCAAGCUAUGAUGACGUCAAGGCUUAAAUUAAUUAGCUCCACACUUUCCUUUUUGUCAUACCGAUUUUGUUUUUUAUUAAUAAUAAAAUUAAUUGCCU